GCUGCACAUUGCAUGCAUUAUCCCCCUUCCCUCUUCGCAUUUGAAGAGGAUUGUGCAGCGGGCCCUGGUCCGCCCGGUCCGGCUCGGUCGGGCUCGGCUCCGCUCCUCUGCAGGGCUGCAGCUCUGCUGACUGACAGAGAGAUGAGGGGUGGGGACGCAGGGUGGGGUCACAAGCAGGGAGAGGCGGAGGAGGAAAAGGCAGAGAGAGAGAGCCCAGCCCUUGAAUACACGGCAACAACAAGCCGACUCAGAGAGAGGGAGAGACGCAGAAAGCCCCGGCCGUAUUUCUGAUUUGUUUUGGGGGCGAUGAAGCUCAGGGAGCCGUCGACGCUGCUGCGGACAUGAACUGAAAAGACACACUGGAAGAGGCGGGGAUCGGUGUUCCUAUAUAUCCCGAACAUUCACUGUAAAGGUGGGAAAAAAUAGCACCGCCCCCCCAAAAGAGCGAACCUCCUGUCUCCCCUCUGACAGUUCUUGUUCAGAUAGUGCUACACCCAAAGCCCCGAUCGACCCCCUCCUGCUCGCUGCUCCACCCCUCCGCCGCUGCACCGCUCCGGCAACCGAGAUGCACACGGAGACCCGUAACAAGAAAUGCCAGUCGACUCCAAAGCAGAGGAAGAGUGCCGCCGGUGCCCGAAAGAAGCAGAGGAGCCCGGCCAAGCAGAGCGCCGUGACCCGGCAGCCACCGUCCUCACCUCCGCCCCCCGCCGCCCGACGAGAGCAGGAGGAGGAGGAGGAGCUGGCGACUGGGCCUCGGCCGCCGCACAAGGAAGAGGAGAAGCCGAAGGAGGUGGGGAAGCUCACCGUCAGGGUGAAGCAGGAGGAAACGGAAGAGGAGAAGGAGGCCCAAGGCCGGAGAGACAUGCCCUCAGUACAGAUCAAACCAGAGCCAGAGGAGAUGGAGUGCACGGCGGAUGUAGGUGAUGACUGCUCCCAACCCACGGACCUGAAGAUGAAGUCAGAGUUCAAGGUGGAGCCGUCUUCGCCUCACUCGAGUCCCGCUGAGGACCAGACCGAACCCGUCGACCUGUCGCUCAACAAGCCUCGCUCUGCUUCCACAACAAGCUCCACGGUCAACCCGGCGCCCAGCAGCGCCAUGUCCCAGCCCGGCCUGUCAGCCACGCCCGUUCCCUCCACGGUACAAUCCAUAGGCUCCAUGGUCCUCUCUCCAGGUUCCAUCCUAGCAACACAAGGAGCCGGGGGGCAGCAGAUUCUCCACGUCAUCCAUACAAUCCCGUCGGUCAGCAUGCCGAGCAAGGUGGGCCAACUCCAGACCAUCCCUGUGGUGGUGCAGUCGCUUCCUGUAGUUUACACCACCAUGCCCACAGACGGCGUUGCAACGGCAGCCAUCACAGUGCCACUGAUAGGCAGCGACGGGCGCUCAGAAGGAUCAGUUCGCAUCAAGCCGGGUUCGACGUCUCCAGUGGAGUAUCAGAGUGACAGCGACGCAGAGAGCGGUACAGAGUCUGGAUCAGCCUCCCUCAGCGCCCAGAGCAUCGACGCAGGGUCAGUUAUAGACUUGGAACCUGUCGAUCCUGAUACACUAGACCUAAAGCGGCGGCGGAUCCACAUGUGUGACUAUGAAGGCUGUAAAAAAGUUUAUACCAAGAGCUCUCACCUCAAAGCCCACAGGAGGAUACACACAGGAGAGAAGCCGUACCACUGUACUUGGGAGGGCUGCACCUGGCGCUUUGCCCGCUCCGACGAGCUCACCCGACACUUCCGCAAGCACACAGGAAUCAAACCUUUCCGCUGCACGGAAUGCGACCGCUCCUUCUCCCGGUCUGACCAUUUGUCCCUUCACCGCCGCCGCCACGUGAUGAUGUGAACUCCCAUCCAAAACCAGCCCAUCGAACCGACCUCUGACCCUCUUGGGUUCCUAGAGUCCACCCGCGUAGACAAGAGCCUCCAUGAUGUUCCACGUUUUGCGUCCAGGAUUUCUAAACACAACCUGCAGAGGGGGAUCAAGAACACUUCCUCCUUCUCUCCAUGUUGAAAUUACAGGACAACUGGGAGUGUGUCUGUGCAUAUGUGUUUAUGCAUGGUGGAUUUAUUAAUUAUCUUCAUUGUGCACCCCAGCUCAGUCCUAUCUCUACAAUCCAGAACUCAGUUUUGAAAUAAUUGGAAAAAGAAGAUGGGACUGAAACUCACUCAUUCAUCCAUCCAUCCAUCCCUUAGUCCAUCCAAGGGAGAGGAGGAAGAGUAGGGGAUACAAAGAGGUUGUUCAGUGUUUUUAAAAACCUAAUGUAACCUGGAUGUCACUUCAGUUGCUCUUUUCUUUCUUUCUUUCGUUUUUUUAUUCUGAAUUCAGUUUAACUCUGGAGUUGGUGAAGAGUUGUUCUGUCGCUCCUCAAAGAGUCCAGGAACCUUUUCAGGAAUGUUGACUUUGUGUUUAAGCCCUGUGCUAUCACAUGAGAUUUAGCUGUGUGGUCAAACAACAAUUCACAAUGAAGAAUGCCAUCUAACAUCCUAGUAAAUUUAUUACUGACGUGAAGCAGGGCAAGCAGUGUUUGAGUUGAAUUCCUUCUGUUCAUACAAAUAAGCAACACAAAUGCUGAAAAAUUAGGGAUACCAGUGACUUUCUGCUGGUGCAUCUCAAUAAACUGCACCAAGAAAAAUGUGAAUUUAUUGUAGUUGAAAAGGAAAAUUCCUGUACUGCAUUGAAUUUUUUUUAAAUAAGAAUAGCAUAAUUUUAGCAUUUAUUUUGAUGAUUAGCAGCAUUAUGACUAUUACAUCUGACCAAUAAAAAUGAUUUGAAUAGAGAAAUGUGGGCUUAUUGAAAAGUACGCACUAUAGAGUUGUUGGUCGGGAGUUGUUUUACAUGGAUUACUGCAUCAAUGCAGCGUGGCACAUAGGUGCUUUAUAAAUGACCUUUAGCUCGCCUUCAUUGGUCUGGUUUCUCUCAUGUUUUAAAUCACAUCAUACUAAAUGUUUACUCAAGAUUUUGAAUGAAUGGAGGAAAUUUAACUGACCUCCUGGGGUUCCUUGCAAACACAGCCACCAAUAUUUAUGGAUAAAAUACUUUACCCGACUCCAUGUUGCAAACCCACCUGCAGCAGCUGAAGUGACAUCUCCGGCGUCCUGGUCCUCAAACCAACCCACCUUCCUGCCUCUCCUCGGUACAUGGAGCUGCAAGACUGUGAAAUUUUUAAAGACUGAUUUGUUUUUUCCAGUGUAUCAGUCACGUUGUUUAUGUCCUCCCUCCACCUCUCCCUCGGGCGUGCACACAUACCUUUCCAAUCCUUCUUCGCAACAGUAUUUGCUUUGUAUGCGUUCUUGUUGGUGUUUUACAAAAAAAACAAGAAGGAAAGCUAGGCCUUCGGUGAACAGUUUGUUUUCUUUUUCCUCCAGGUUUACCAAUCUGAACAGUAACGACAACAAAAAAGUAAAUAAGUCAGAUCUUUUUUUGUUGAUUUUCUGAGGCUGUGAAAAAGACGGAGCAACACAAGUUGUUUAAUAAGACAAACUCUUCAUGCAGGGAAAUUUAAUGGGGGGACUUUUCAGAUUGUGUUAGUUGCCUGCGUUUGUGUGACUGUGGGUGAGUUUUGAGAAGAAAAAAACAAAAAACUAGAAAUAAUCAGAAAUGAACAUUUUUACGAGUGUUUUUUGCGGGCAUUUGUCAACGUUCUUUUACCUCUUGCCCGUUGAGCCUUAAUAACUGAAGUCAAUCUGUAAGGGCGAAACCAGAACCACUGAGACGAAGUUCGCAGUCCAAACCGUGACGUAAUAAAUCAAAUACAUCAUAAAUCCUGCAGCUUUUGGAGGUUUUCUUAGGCCUAUUCCACACGUAGCCGGAUGUCAUCCACACAUAAACUCAGUUUAAUAUCACUAAAAUCAAUUUGUGUUUCAUUGACCCUAUAUUCUAGCAGUUACUAAAAGUAGCUCAACCUUUGUCUUUUAUUUUUCAAUAAAUAUUUUUUAUUCCAAACACAUGACAUCGAAAGAUUUUCAACACAAUAAAGAGGAAUAAUGACAUAUAAAUACUAUAAAUUAACCACAGUCAUUGGCAACAUUGCUGUUAAUGUCUAUAAAUAUACCAUGUAAAAUAAAUCAAGCAAAAAAAGUUCAAUAGAUACAUAAAUGAGUAAAAUAAAAUAGUGUGCACCUUUUAGUCUGUACAAAUACUACUAUUUUCUUAAAUGUGUAAGAGAAAUCAAAUACAUAUAAAGGGUCUGUUACAAUGAAAAUAAAAUAAACAAUAUAAAAAAGGGCUCUGCUUAUGAGAUAAAGUUACAUUUAUUUUCGCUUAUUAAUUCUUAAAGCUGCUCAACUUCUCCGUCCACACAAAUCCUAGUGCCAUGUUUUAUUCCUUACAGGAAGUCGUGGUUGUUUCGAAGGAUGUAAUUGGCUGACAUAGAUUUCAGCUUUGCCCUACACUGCCCCCUAUGGGUUUGGCAUGUUUAAAACAACAGUGAGUGGUGUAAUUUAGCGAGUUCGUGUUGAAGACCUUUCUUAAACAGAUACCGUGGACACAAUGUUAAUUUUUCAAAUAAUGUGGCAGAGAUACUUGUUUUAAUAAAGACCCGGCUACGUGUGUUCAAGACCUUAAAGACAGGGGAGAAAAUGUGAGGAUCUCCACUAGAUUAGUCUCAAAAUUAAUUAUAUGAAUUUGUAGCACCAGAAAUCGCUCCAUUUUGCGACUCAUGUUCGUCUUUGUUGAAACAUCCAGUGGUGUACGUCAGGUUUUGGCUGUAGGUCGUCUGUCAGAGGUCCUGAAUGAAAUUACAGGCACUGUGCCGGGCUGUCAGGGUCCAUCACGCCUUUGGGUUCAGACAACAGGGAAACUAAAGUGCUCUCCUCACUAGCAUAGCAUUUCUACCCCAAAGGGGGUCAAUCCUCUCAGUAAAUACACAGUACGCUCCAUAAAAUACUGAGCAAAUCUGGAUCUGAUGGGGUUUUUGUUGGUUUGUUUUUGUUUUUUAGUGCUGUUCAGCACAUAAAUCAAACUGUUGGUGUUUCGGAGCAGAACUGAUCCUGUGUACAUGUCUUAAACAGGCUGGUUUCCAGCCCCUGACCUGGGCUGAACUUGAUUAUGCAACAAAACGCAGACCUCGCUCCAUGCGCUGUUCUGUUCAACUCAGUAAGUAGAGCACUAGCUUGGUAGUUUGAACUCACAAGAACCUUAAAAAUGGGGGAACGUCACGAUAGAAGCCCGUGUUGUUGAGCAAAGCCAACAGAUUCUACGUUUUUAUGGAGGCUUCGUUGGCGAUUGAAAGAACCUCUUUUAUAGUUCUGGUCUGUUCAUGUGCAAAAAAAAAAAAAAAAGACAUUCUGUUUAUAGACCAUACAGAUUUUUGUCAUCAUUUUAAAAAAAAUUGAAUGUGAGAAUGAAAUGGACAUGCAGGUUUCCUGUGAGCUGAGUGCAUGCUGAGAUGAGGGCGGGUUGUUGCUUGAUCUGCAAACUGCAAAAGAAGAUCUAUCCAAAUACAGUCACUGGGUCUGAUUCUGGAUUUUAAUUUGUUUUUCUGUAAAUCAGUGGAAGCUAGUUAAAAGAAAUAUGAAAAAUUCUUCACAUACAAACAAAUGUUUAAAAUCCUAACUCAGUUCAGUCACUCGUUUGGAGGGACAUUGUUCUUUUUACUUGAGCAGACCAACACAAAAGUCCCAGUUUCCUUAUUAUCCCCCCUUGCUUCAAGUAAAAAAAAGAAAAAGUUACUAAGCACAUCUUUUUAGAAGAGUUUAUGCAUUUGAUUGCAAUUUUCUUUCUUUUGUAAACUGUUGAUAAGACAUUAAGGACAAAUAAUUAAAAGAAAUCCAUGUACAUAACUGUAUAUAAUCAGAAAGUGCAGAGUAAAUGUAACGGGUGAAUUUCUAUUUUUAACACUGACUAGAUAAUGUGAAAAAAAAAACUUUUUCUUUUUCUUCCUUUGUUGGUUUGAUGAAAAUGUGUUUCAUCAUGUGUGUUGUCCCCCCAAAAUCUAAUACAUUUGUUUCGUAGUUUCUUAAAAAGUGGUCCCACUUGUGUUGUGAACACUUGUGUUGCAUGGAGAAUAGCUUUGUUUUUCUUAUAGUGACGUUGGUGAGCAUGUAAGUGCGUGUGAGACAGUUUGGGCGGAGUGAGGAUUUUUAUUAAAAAAGACGAACAGGGUUUUUAUUUUUAAAUAGUAAGAGAGCUUAAUAUUUUAUCAGUGGACCUGAUUUGAAUUCUUUCACACAAAAAGCACUCAGAUGUUGUUGGUAAGGUCAGCUAAGAUUCAGGUGUGGUCAAAAGAAACAGACUUAUUGGGAAUUAAAUCAGAAGCUAGCUUCACAUGUUUACCUCUGUAGAAAGUUUGAAUAAUUAAGUUCCCAAAAUAAUACAUAAGAGAUUCUAACAUACUAAUACAUUCAAUUUUAUGCAAACAAAAUACAUUACCACAAAAAGAUUUCUGCCAUACAAGCAAAACGAUCUUUAACUUAGAUGCUACAUAAACUUAGCUCACUAGCGUUUAAGGAGGGUUGAAAUAACAAUUGUGAACAAUUUUUCUUUAGAACAUGUUUUUUCAGUCUAGUUUUAGUUAUUAAUGUCACCAUAAAACUCAAACAAAAGACAAAAUUCUUACGAGAAAUAUCAAUCAUAUCAUGGCUAAAUAUUCUGUUGAGGCAAAUGGAGUGACACUAGUUUGUGAUGCUUAUAACUAUUCAGCUUUUAAUUUCACAUUUUUACAUUUUAUUUUUCUUUUAGUUUAAAAAAUACCAUUAAACAUAUAGUUUUAUCUAGAGACGUUGAAGAGAUUAGUUCUAUAAUUAGCAUUUAGAGAGCUCUAAAUGCUAAUUAUAGCUAAUUCACUCAAAUGCAACACUAGUUGGUAAUAUCAAAGGUUGACCUGAAAAAAAAAUAUCAAAUUUUCUUGCUUUAGAGGUGUUUUUCAAACUUCAUGUAGCUGUUGAUCCCAAUGCUGAAAUGCAUAAAAAAUGAAAAGUCAAACUAAAGAAGCUAAAUCUUGAAGAAACAGAUUUACAAAGGCACAAAAGCUGACUUUUUCAGUGCUUUAUCAAUUCAUUAAUAAAUAAAUAAAGCUAAACUAUACAAAUCCUCUAAAAUUAUAAAUUAUGUUUUAAGUGGGAGAAUUAUUACAAUCCCUGACCAAUAAAUCUACCCACUAGCUAGUUAACACAAAUGCUAUCUAACUUUAGUGUACUAGAUGCUAGCAUUUAUGGUGAAAUAAGAAAUCAAAUGUUAAUUUUCUUUUUUAUUGGAAGUUUUUUCAAUUUAUUAGCUACAGUUGGAGAUACAAAUGCCAUGAUCUAAAUGUGAGAGACACUCUUGACUAAGAAGCAAUGUCUAUGAGAACAAAAUUUACUAAAGAUUCUCCGAAGCUGUUGUUGCAAAACUAGCGUGUACAGGACAGACUUAUGGUGCUUUAACAUUUCAGAUUGUAAAUUCAAAUAUUACCUUUUUAAAAAAGAAAAUAAACUGAAAAUCUGUUUGAGAAAGUUUAAAGGAUAUUACCAGCCCUGACCAGCAAACUUAGGAUGGAGCUAAUUCAUUAAGAAGGUACAUAAUAUACAAACAUACUAGCUAAUUGCAGUUAUAAGUGAGUUAGGAUAACAAGCGUUAUUUUUUUCUGGUUUUAUAUGAAAUUUGUCAACCAAUUUCUUUUGAUGUCAUGGAGCUAAAACUCAAAGAAGUAAUGAGAAAGCACAUCUAAAGAUUUCUAGAAGCUAAUGGAGUAAUGCUAGCAAUGCUAGCUUUUAUGGAACAAAUGUGAGGUGCUUUAACAUUUUGGCUUCUGAAUUCACAUUUUUUGAGGGUUUUCCUUCUACGUUAAAGUGAAAAAUCCUCUAAAUUUGGGCAUUAUUUAUAGAAGAAUGUGAAGACAUCCCCAGCACUGACUGCUAAAGCUAAGCUACUUAAUUUUCAGAUAGUUACAAGCACUUGAUAUUUAAUUGUUGUACUUGAAUUUAAAUCUUUUUUAAUGAAGAAAUACCCUAACAUUGAGGAUGAUGCUGAAGAGAUAGAAUUGAUGCUUAAAAACCCUAAUUUUUCAUUAUCUAAAAGAAAUGGGAAAUACUUAAAAGCAAGAUAGCUUAACAUUUUUCACUUGCUUGCCUAAUCAAAAACAAAAAAACAAAAACAAAAAUCUCAUUGGAGCAAAAGAAGUCAAUAGACAUUUGCCUCACAAACCAAAAAGUCAAACAAAACAAUCUGUAUUUUUUGAGAGAUGUGGAUUUCCUGAGGUUAACAACGUCUUUGAACUUCUUUGAAGAUGCUGCAUAAUGUUAGCAUACUAGCAAGAAUGAAUUAUGCCAAUUUAAAAGUUGUUUUCUUUCUUUUUAAGUGUUUUCAAAACCAUUCCCGGGGUAGAUAUUAAAAACCCAAAUUGAUGAUACAACAUCUUGUUUGGACAUAAGUUUACUGAAGACUCACAUUUUCUUGAACUGAACAGGUGAAACUUAGCUUAGUGAGUGAUUUAUGUCUGAGCCAAGAAGCUGAAACUUUUCUUGUUUUCUGUUGAACAUUUCUACAGAGCUGUAAAAUAAUCUGAAAGUUGGAACCCGGACUUGGAAAAUGAGGUGAACCAUCAAAAGGCCAAACCACAUAAAGCAACCUGAUUGCUCCAGACUGAUCAUAGGUGAAUUUAGUUAUUUUGUAACUGGUUGAAUCAGCAGCACUUAAAUUAAUCAGAGUACGUUCUGUUGUCCUGUUUUCAAGGCAUAAAAUUGUACUGUACUGUACCAGUGAGGCGUAUUACUUUGCAAACUGAAUGCUUCCAACAAGCAUAUGUCAUUUCUAGCUCUGACUCCCAGCUUCUGAGAAACAAAUAGACUUUUCUUUAAGAGAAUAAUACAAUUUUUGAGUUUUCACCAGGGUUUCCUCAGACUGUAAAUUUCUUUAAGAAUUUGGAUAAUGACUUAAGCAUUUUAUAGACUCUCCAGGGAGAUGUAUUUUAUACUGUUGUGACCCCACCAAAUCUGGUUUAUUACUUAGUAAAGCCAUCCAAAAUGGAUACUUGAAACUAUUAUGAUUAUUAUUUCAGCAGCAUCGUAGAGCAUCCAGAUUAAAUGUUUGUAGAAACAUUUUAAAUCCAAUAUGUUUUGGCUAAGGCAAACGUAUCACAGUCAGAUAAAACAAAACUUUUUAGCAAACUAGAACCAAAUUCUGUUAGAAAGCAAGGAAGUUAUGUUUAUAACUUGUUUUUAUGUGUUUUUAUCCGUCACCCCAGAUCUUAAGUCCCUUCACUUUAGAGAGUAGCACUUUAGGAGCAAGUUUUGGGAAAAUACUUAACAAGCACAAGUAAUCACAGAAGCUUUUGUGAGCAAAAACACUUUACACCUGUAGAGUCACACUGAGGAGAGUCAGCCGGGAUGUAAACACCUGGUCAUAACGACUCGGACAAAGUGUGUUAGUGUGGGAUUUGGAGGGUAAAAUGUCUAGUGUGAAACAAUGUGAAAGAGUAUUUGCUCCCUUGCAAAUUUUGUCGGGUUUUGGCAAACUAAAUAUUUCACAUCAGCAAACCAGUUUAAUUAUCAGACAAAAAUGACCACAGGAAAUUUAAAAUGCUGUUUUUAGGUGACUUAAUUUGAGAUAGGCACUGUGUGAGAAAGGAAUCGCUCCCUAAAUCAAAUAAUUGUCUCCUUGUUUUUGCAAUACUCGGCGAUGAGCCUUUUAUGAGACUGUGAAAAUUGUUGUCCUUUUAAGUAUAAUUUAGUGCAUGACAUGUUGCUUUUUGAGAACGUUUAGCCUACUUCAUGUUGUCUGAUGGGUUCUUUUUAAGUAAUUCCUUGAUUCUCCAGGUCUGAUUUGAUCACAUCAAAUUGAAAAUUGAAAUUGACCUUUCCAAAAAUUACUGAUUAUCUUGUUACAAAAAGUAUGGAACAACUUCUUUCAGGAUAUUAAAAUGCAUUUAAUGAUAUAAAACCUUUAAAGCUAAACCAAAAUAAAACUGUAAGAGAGCAAAUACUUUAUCCUGUUUCUAUAUACUUAACUAUUUUUUUUUUGUUAAUCAAAACUUUUGUUGUUCAGUAUUCCUUCAGAGGAUUUUUUUUGUCAUUUUUGUAUGUACACAAACGGGAAUGUUCAUCUGUGAAACAUAUUUUAAGAGUUUGACCCCUGCUGAGACGUCACUGCCCGUGUCCGUCUGUGUGCGCGUGCCUCGACCCUCCGUGAAUCACUUCUCCCGCAAAACCCAGAACUUUUAGGUAUUUUCUAUUUGAAUGCAGUAACUUAUGGGCCAGUAGUGUAUUUACUCAGUGCAAUGCAGUUAUCAUAAUAAUACAAUUAUCUCUUAGUUUCUCUUGAUUUCUUUUUUUUAUUUGUACAGAACAAAAGUGUAAAGAUCAGUGCGGAAAACGUGAGCUUUUUGAUACUGUGACUCAUGGUGUUUAAAAGUCGCUUUCUCCCUGUACAGUUGUGAUUAUUUUGACCUCCUUUCUCCCCUUUCUUCUUCUUUUAUAGAAUAAAAAAUGUUUUUUGGUGCGAUUUCA